AUGCCGGGGAAGAAGUCUCUGAAGCGCGAGGAGGCACCUGAUCGAGCAAAUGUCUUCGGGACGGAGAUGAAAAACAAGGGCAGUAGAAAAGAGGCGCAGGUUCUGAAGCCCAGCGAGAAUGCUUACAAGGUAAAAGACAAGGCCAACGACCGCAUGGAGGAGCUGGAAAGACAUGCGCGUGUGUGGUGUAUGCUUGACCAUACCUACCAUGCUUCCUAUGCCCUAUGCACUGCCCGCAGCUUGCUGAACAAGAUCUGUCCAGACAACCUGGCCAAGAUCGUCGACCAGCUGGCCAACAUAACGCUCCACAAUGCCGAGGAACUGAAGCAUGUUAUUCAGAUCAUCUUCAAGAAGGCCUUGGCCGAGCCUCACUACUGCGACUGGGCGAAAUUGGAUUGUGCUACUUAUGCGGACAUGGUAUAUGCCCUGAAGGCAAGAUACCCAGAGUUCCCACCAGAAAGUGAAGGGGAGAAGCCUGCCACCUUCACAAGGGUGCUGUUGAACAACUGCCAAAACGAGUUUGAGAACAUGCCAUCCACGUUCGAAGCCACGGACGAGGAACGAAUUAAGUUUCCCAAUGUGGAGGACCUCCAAUUGGAGCUGAAGCGGAAGAAGGACAUGAUGUUGGCCAACAUGAAGUUCAUCGGCCACUUGUUUUUGCGGCAGCUUUUGGCAGUGAAGGUCAUUGGGCAGGUGGUACACGACCUUAUCGGCAUCAAGGACGGCAACUCUGUGCCAGAAGAGCACAUGAUCGAGUGUGUAUGCCAGCUGCUCGAGGCCAUCGGGCACACUCUUGAUGAGAACACGCACGGAGAAAACUUGAUGAACUCCUUCCAGGCACUCCAGAGCCAGUGCCUUUCAGCAUUCUCCAAGCGCAUCCGCUUUGCCAUUGAAGACCUUCUAGAUUUGCGGAAGAACAAGUGGCAAAAGAUGCUGGCCUGCACUUCACGUCGGAUUUUGGUGGCUAAGUAG